AUGAUCCAUCUCGGCUUCGGGAUUGAAUUCAAUCAGCCUGCGAUCGUUGCACAGGCACUCGCACAGACGGCUACCCACGAUAACAAACUUCAAGCCUAUUUCCAGCCAGUUGAGCGCAUGGCAAACGAUGCCGGAAAGUCCGGGAAGACAUUGGUCCAGCUUCAAGAUGAGCUGCGCAAUGACCCUGAUAUCAAGGGCUCCGUCUUAUGGGCAGAUACCAAUAAGAUUUUUGACGGGGUGAUGUAUCGAGCGCCCGAGAAAAUGAUCAAAUAUGCCAGCCAGUUUACUGUUGGCCCUGAUGAAAUAGAAGAGAAGCUCGCAGAGUUGAUCAAUGCAACUGUGUACUAUACCGGUGCAGCCCAAAAUCCCCGAAAGGUGAUCAAGUUUGAUUUCUUCUAUAUUCAUGCGCUGAAUUCCAACAUCUUCCUCCCCGCUUUCCUCUCUCAGCCUUGGAUGACGAAGGAGAAGAAGAUACGUCUGCUAGAAUGGAAGGCCCGUAUGGAUCUUCUCGUCUAUGUCUCACGCAAUUGUGUUGAGCCACGCCUGGAAGACAUUACCAACUACGUUCCCAAGAUGAAGUGGGAUGAGAUAUUCAAGACGACCGUUGGACUCGAGCAAGAUGACGGACAUGCUGCGAAGUUCGUUCGACAUGUAGCCCAUGCCGAGAAGCUCUGCAAGCCGUAUGAAGGAAAGGAUGGGUUCCGCAUUAAAGGGGAUAUGUGGCUGAAGCUGGGCAAUAUGCUCGUCGAUUCCGUAUCUGGGCCAGGGUCGAACUGGGUGAGAUCGGCAGGUUUUGAGGAGGCCUGGAAAGAUGUCCCAGACAGAAAAUAG